UUGCAUAUUCAUAAACGCAAUUGGAAUUGAGAUUACUAAACAAACCUUUCGUACAUGUGGCUUCUGUAGUUGGAAUGGUUUAUAAUUAUAUAUAUAUUCUAUUAAGGAAAAGACAUUUUCGAAUGGAUAUCUUUUGAAAACAGCUAUUAAAGACUCUUCAAAAUAGAAAUUACACAGUCCUUUUCUUUUUUAGAUACUACUUGAUAUUGACCAUGACUUUCACAUUAUUGCUUAGAAGUGUUCAGUCUAAUACAAAAAGAACUUGUGCCUGUAUUGUAAAGAGAACCAUGUCUUCAAAUGAAGGAGAAGUCAUUUUAGAGAAAAUGGAUAACAAAGGUAUAAUUACAUUGAAUCGUCCAAAGGUUUUAAAUUCUCUCAACAUUUCAAUGAUUCGCACGAUAUAUCCAAAAUUAAAAGAAUGGAAUUCUGAUCCAGAAAUUAAAAUGGUUAUAAUAAAAGGAGCUGGUGAUAAAGCUUUUUGUGCUGGAGGUGAUGUGAAAGGUAUCUAUUUUAAUUAUUGAAGUUAAUAAAUUUAAAUUUAAGAUUCUGAAUUUUUAUUCAAAUGUUAUAUAAUUAAUUCAUUAAUAGCUACUCUUCAGAUACCUUAUGUGGCACUAAUACAUGGAAUAACAAUGGGCGGGGGUGUUGGUCUUUCUGUCCAUGGUGCAUUCAGGGUUGCCACUGAAAAAACUGUUUUUGCAAUGCCAGAAACAGCAAUUGGCUUUUUCCCUGAUGUUGGUGGAAGUUAUUUCUUACCACGUUUGCCAGGUAAACUUGGAUUAUACCUGGCUCUGACUGGAUUUAGACUUUCUGGUCGAGAUGUUCUUAAAUCUGCAAUUGCAACUCAUUUUGUUUCUAGUGAAAGGUUAAAAGAUUUGGAAAGUGACCUGCUCAGAAUCCCAAAUCCAACUCUCCAAACUGUUGAUAAGGUUUUGCUUAAAUUUGAUUUUCAAUGUGAAAAUGAGCAUAAAAAAGAAUUUGCAUUAAAACAUGAUAAAGGAAAAAUUAAUAAUGUAUUUGCUGGUGAUAGUAUAGAAGAUAUUUUCCAGAAUCUAGAAAAAGAUGGUACAGAAUGGUCAAAGAAACAAUUGGAAACAUUGAGUAAAAUGUCCCCAACAUCAUUAAAAAUUACAUUCCAUCAACUUAAAGAAGGAGGAAAAAUGACACUUCAGGAAGCAUUAAAUAUGGAAUAUAGAUUAUCACAACGUUUUAUUAAAGAUAAUGACUUUUUUGAAGGUGUUAGAGCAGUGUUAAUUGAUAAAGACAACAGUCCAAAAUGGAAACCAUCCACCAUCAAUGAAGUUUCAGAUGAAAUCAUCAAAAAAUAUUUUGAGAAAUUGCCUUCCAGCCAAGAACUUCAAUUAUAACUUUUUUCAAAAAUUUCUAUUCUGAAGUCAAAUUUGAAUCAGAAGUUCUUUAAAAAAAGAUGUUAAGUAGAGCAGCACUAUUCUUUGUUGAACAAGUUUAUAAUUAGUUUUAUUAGCUGCAUAGUAUUUUUUAAAGUCAUCUUUGAAGAUAUUGUUAAUAAAUACAAAAAUUAUCAUCAGGAAUGACUAAAUGGUAGCAAGUAUACAUGUUGUAAUUGAUAACUAGAAAGUGUAUACAGUUGAUUAAAAGAGAU